UUCAACAGACGCUAUUCUCACGCGCCACGAGACUGCGUGAGAAUUGGUCCUCCAUAUUCGGGCGAGUAUCGUCGUUAUCGCCGGUAAACUAAUUAAAGCGUAAUUUUUUAUUUAGUAAUCGAUACUAAUUGGGUGUCAUCUGAAUCAGAAAGAAAAGCCGAUUAUUUUGAUACCAACUUUACCCGCGUGGUUUUGUUCGUUCUUUUUCUUGGACCUGUUGAAAAUAAGCUCUUUGCCUUUGGAAAUGACUUCAUCACCUGAUUUGGAUAGCUUCAUUUCUACUUUUGCCAAUGAUGCUGAAAAGGGAACUGUCAGGAAUGGGUAUGCCCUUUUUUUGUACCAACGGAAUGAGUCCGAUUUGAAAGUAACUGCUACACAGAUUGAUCAACUUUUGCAGAAGAGGGAUAGCAGUUACACAUCAAAGCAGCUGACAGUAUUGCAGAAUCUCAAGUAUAUGAUGAAUCAGAUAAAUUCCUGGAAAAGGCGGUUGAGCUCCAACUGGAUGCGGAUUCAAGACCUUUUGGAACGUCCUGUGCAAGUGCCAAGAUCAAGAAAGAAGCAGAUGCCCUCAACCAGUUUGGCUGAAACUGAAGAUGUGCUGGAAGAUGUAGACCAUGCUCAAGAGAUCUCGACUCCUGUUCAGAAGCUACGGAACGAUUGUGAACGAUGUGAGACAACAAGGCAAGAAUGGAUAGAUAAGUAUAAUGUACUGGAUAGUAAGUUGAAGAAGAUGAGGGUAAGUUUCAAAUCUCUUUCUGGACUUUAUAAAGUUAAGCUUGUAAAUAGAAUGAAAAACAGGAAAAAUGAGGUGAUACGGAAAUUGAGGCAAGAAAAUCAAAGAUUGAAAGUAGAACUAAGAGUGGCCAAAAAGUUUAAACCUAAAACAUCUGUUGUAAAUAAAUCUUAUUAUAAAGAAAAACUUGUAUUGUCUAGGAAGGAGUUGAAAAAUGUUAAGGAUAAAGUGAACAGAAUGGUGGCUAAGUUAAGACAGUUAGAGGAACAAAGAAAAGAUUUUGAGUUGGAUACCACCAGACUAGAGCAUGUAGAAAAAGAUGUUGAGUGCCUAAAAAAGCCUACAAUGUUUGACCCUUCCACUAGGAAAUGUAUAUAUAGCUGUAUUUUGCAUCAGGUUCCGUUUGAGAAAACUUGUUCGUUAAUUAAAUUUAUUGUCCAUGAACUAACAGGAAUCUCUUUCACAGCUCUACCAUGUACUGGGACUAUAUCUAAUAUGGCAUUAGAGCUAGGAAUCCUCUCUGACCUUCAAGUUGGUGAGCUAAUGUUUAAAGAAAAUGAGUUAACACUCUCAUGGGACUCGACACCACUUGAUGGUCAGCAAAUUAAUUCCUGCCAUAUUUCCUCAAAGCAUCAGAACCUGACUCUGCAAACUUUUGGAAUGCCUGGCGGAACAACAGAGGAUUAUCUAGAGCACAUCCUAAAUGCCAUACAUGAUAUUGGUUGUCAGUACUCUACCUACCAUGGAAUACAGCAACAUAUUGUACUGUACACUUUAUUCAAAUCUUUGCAGGCAACAUUAACUGACAGAGCCAAGGUGAAUAAGUGUGUGUCUGACAAGCUGGAAGAAAUGGUUGAUAGGAAGCUAGUGCAGUUGAAAUGUUUCUUGCACCCUUUAGAUGGAAUGGCUUCUGAAGCCCGGAAAGAGCUUAAAAAGUUGGAUGUCGAUUGGAGUGUCAGUACCUCAUUGUAUGGACAUGAAGGCUCUGCAGCUAAUCUUGUUCAUGCCCUGUCAAAGUUAAGAUACAAGGAGAACUCAAGAGACCCCAAAGGCUUUAAGGCAUAUCUGCUGAGGGAAGGUCUUAAAAAAACUUACAUUCCUCGAUAUGUUGGAAAUAGAUUGCACGUUUUAUUUCUGCUUGCUGGGAUAAUCUACAAGAUUAAAGAUUCCUUGGCAGUCUAUUUAGAAAAGUUCUGCAAGUCUAUGAAACUAAGAGAGGCAAUAGAGAAAGAUUUGACCAACCCAGAUGUAAUGGUGCAGAUAAGAGUCUUAGGUCUUUUUGGGAAGCUCUUGACGGGUCCAUGGAGGAAACUAUUUUACAACAAGUCCAGUGGUUUGAGAGAACUGAGCCAUUUGGAAAUGACCCCUUUUGUGAGACGAAGCAUCACUACAUUGAAGGAGCUUCAACUAAAUCCUGCUUCGAUCCUCACCCUGGAGUUUGAUGUUUUUGGACACCCCUUACUUGUUGAUGAUGUGCUUGUUGUGUUAAGGGAUGUGGAGCUUCAGCCUGGAGAACGGUUCUUUAGGACAGUAUCUGUCUUAGCGUCAUGUUUUGUUAAGGUUCUAGAAAGGCAGUUAGAUGACUAUCUAACAGGGGAUCUGGCUAACCCGACGGAAGCUAUGAUGCUACAAACAUCAUCUGCCCCUUUACAUAACAUUCAUAGUGAGAGGGUGCUGGGGAUGGUAGACAGUCAAUUUCACAGGGCCCCUAAUGCUUCUUUUGGUUUCGUUGAUGCCAAGGUUAAAUGCCAAGCCAACAAAACAAUGGACUGGUUGCUGGCAAAACCUGUUAAGGAGCAGGGCAGCUUAAUAAAAUUUGCAGUAAGGCAGGCUAGGAAGCAGAGAAAGGUUUUAGAGGAGAGGGUGCAAGUUAUGGGCAAGACUAUAAUGUCUAGACAGAUUGUUAUAGGUCAGAAAAGGGAUAAGACAGAAAGGAAAAAGGUUGAGAAAAAAGUUUUGGGGUGUUUAGAGAAAGAUGCAGGAUUUGGAAAUGAUAUUUUUGUUGCUCUUUCCACAGAGACCAAGCUAAUAUUGUCUUCCUUGCUUUCAGAAAGAUUUGACUGCCUUCCUCUGUCUAUCAGACAUGUGUGGGAUGUUGAUGGGAAAGAUCAAGUGUUUGAUGGAAAGAUAGUCAGAUAUGUGAAGAAAGGGCAGAAGAAGUGCUGCAGGAUUGUAUGGGACAGCGAAGGCCAGACAGACAUCCCUACAACUCAAAUUAUUACAGAUGUUGUUAUGGGAGAUUUCCAUUUUGUAUAGUUGUAUUUGAAUUUGUUUUCUAUUUUAUUUUGUUUCAUUUUAAUUUUAGUUUUAAUUUUGUUUUGUUUUCGUUUAAUUUUAUUGUUACAAUAUUAACCAUUUUUAAUAGAAAAAAAAAUAUUAUUGGAUUUAUCUCAAAUUCUAUUAAAUUAAUUGAACACUCUUUUAAUUCAAUCAAAUUUAAAUUAGCUAUCUAUAGUUGUAAUACCAGGACUUUUUAAAUAAACUUUUAGAAAUUUCAAAUAAUAAUUACCUAAAUCAGUAUAUAUUUUCAACCAUUUCUUAUUCAUACUUUUUGUUUUUGUUCAUAUUUAAUAUUAAUUUAAAAUAUAUAAAAUAAAUCUACAGUAUUUAUAGUAAAAAGUAAAAGAAUUUUUAAUUAAAUCAUAGCAAUUUAAAUUAUUGAUUAGGGUUUUUUUUUUUCAUUAAAUGAUAGCAUUUUAGAAAAUA